AUGGCCUGUAGAGGAGGAGGUGGGCCUGGCCAGUUUCCCUCAGCUGUGCUCUCCCGUGUCAGCCCUGGAAGUCUGUCGACAUGUAGGACCCAUACCCAUAAUAUAUGCAUGGUGUCGGACUUUUUCUAUCCCAAUAUGGGAGGCGUGGAAAGCCACAUUUACCAGCUCUCUCAGUGUCUGAUUGAAAGAGGGCACAAAGUUAUAAUUGUCACCCAUGCUUAUGGAAAUCGAAAAGGCAUCCGUUACCUCACUAAUGGCCUCAAAGUCUAUUACUUGCCUCUGAAAGUCAUGUACAACCAAUCUACGGCCACGACCCUCUUUCACAGUCUGCCAUUGCUCAGGUACAUAUUUGUUCGGGAGAGAGUCACGAUAAUACAUUCACAUAGUUCUUUUUCUGCCAUGGCCCAUGAUGCCCUCUUCCACGCCAAGACCAUGGGGCUCCAGACAGUCUUCACGGACCACUCCCUUUUUGGAUUUGCUGAUGUCAGCUCGGUGCUUACAAACAAGCUUCUAACUGUGUCUCUUUGUGACACAAACCACAUAAUUUGUGUCUCUUAUACUAGUAAGGAAAACACUGUGCUAAGAGCAGCACUGAAUCCUGAAAUAGUGUCCGUCAUUCCUAAUGCUGUAGAUCCUACUGACUUCACUCCAGACCCAUUUAGAAGGCAUGAUAGUAUAAUAACUGUUGUUGUUGUCAGCAGACUUGUUUACAGAAAAGGGACUGAUUUGCUUAGUGGUAUAAUACCUGAACUCUGUCAAAAAUAUCCAGAUUUAAAUUUCAUAAUUGGAGGAGAGGGACCUAAGAGAAUCAUUUUGGAAGAAGUACGGGAAAGGUACCAGCUACAUGACAGAGUACGUCUCUUGGGAGCCUUAGAACACAAGGAUGUUAGAAAUGUCUUAGUUCAAGGACAUAUUUUUCUUAAUACUUCCCUUACCGAAGCGUUCUGCAUGGCAAUUGUGGAAGCAGCCAGUUGCGGUUUACAGGUCGUCAGUACCAGGGUUGGCGGGAUUCCUGAAGUACUUCCAGAAAAUCUGAUCAUUUUGUGUGAGCCUUCUGUAAAGUCCUUGUGCGAGGGUUUGGAAAAAGCGAUUUCCCAACUCAAAUCAGGAGCGUUGCCAGCCCCCGAAGAUAUUCACAACAUCGUAAAGACUUUCUACACCUGGAGGAACGUUGCGGAAAGAACUGAAAAAGUGUACGACCGCGUGGCAGGAGAAGCCGUGUUACCGAUGGACAGACGACUGGACAGACUCAUCUCUCACUGCGGUCCGGUGACGGGCUACAUUUUUGCUUUGUUGGCUGUAGUCAACUUUCUCUUCCUCGUUUUCCUGCGAUGGGUGACUCCAGAUUCUGUCAUCGACGUUGCAAUAGACGCCACAGGGCCAGACGGGGCGUGGACUCCUCGAUACCCUCCCAGUAAAAAAGAGGGCAAGAAUGAUGCGAUGUCUAAAACCAGGUAG